AGGCUCAGGGGAGAGGGUCGCGCUCCCUGGCCCCGGGGGGGCGCCACCUGUACACCGGCAACGGUCUGGGUCAGGCCGAUCCUGGACCCAGCAUUGGUGCAUAACGCCUUCCUGUCAAGCCAGGAGGGGUAACUCCUUGCGUGUGGCCGGCAGUGACGCGGCACACGCGGCGCGCCGACGCGGCGAUCGGCGCAUCGCCGCCUUUGCCACCCACCCCUUCCCCCCCCUGGUCUCCCUGACGUUGACUCCCCAACCCUCCCCGCUGCUGGGCUGCCAUGGCUCCGCCGAGGUGGCGCCUCGGGCGCCGCCCGCCGCUGGCGGCGGCGCUGGCGUUCGCUGUGAUCUUCCACGCCGCUGAGCACCUCGCGCCGCCGUUGCCGCUGGGCCAGGCACGGAGACACGCCGGAGGCACAGCCAGCGUGCCAGCUCCGGGCGGCCUGCUGGCCGCCGUGGGCGCUUCUUAUUCGCAAGCUUUGGUGGCGCACCCCAUCCCAGCGAAGUCGCUGACCGCAGGCCUGCUAUUCGCAGGCGCCGACGCGGCCGCGCAGAGAAUAGAGGCCGCCAAGGGCCUCGACAAGAGACGCGUCGGUGCGUCCGCAGCGGUGGGCCUGAUGUUCUUCGGGCCAGCGGCCCAUCUCUGGUUCCGGUGGGUUCUGCGGCUCGUCCCGGGCCAUGGGCUGCUCAGCCUCUUCGCCAAGACCGCCCUGGGGCAGGUCUUCUUCGGGCCGUACAUCACCACGGUCUUCUUUGCGGCUAGCUUGUGGUGCAACGGCGAGCUCUCGGUUCCGAUGCUGCGCCGCAAGAUCUCCGCCGACCUUUGGCCGACCAUCCUGGCGGGCCUCGGCUUCUGGCCAAUCGUGGAGACCUGAUCGCCUUCGCUGUGCUCUCUGAGCACUUCAUCCCUCCGUUCUUGAACCUCUGCUCCUUCUUGUGGACCAUCUUCCUUUCCCUCCAGGCAGCGCGGUCGCGUGCGCGCCCGCCCUCGGGCGCCGCCGCGUGAGCCGUGGGCGCGCGCCCGCCCCCAGCUGGCGGCAGCCGUGAGCCACGUGGGGCAGCGAGAUCUCAUUCUCUCUGCCCCUCUUGAGUGGCAGACGGAACCAACAUGCGAAGGAUGAGGAUGACGAU